ACUCAUUGUUCUGUUUAGACUGCAAGUUCCUCGAUGAAUAGCUUCACAUUACAUCUUCUGGUUUCUUGUUUUUUUUUUUUUUUUUUUACCAUAAGGCUUAUGUAAUGAUUUAUGUAAUGUAGGCAUAUUUCACAGUGAAAUUAUAAUUCUAUGGUUAUUAUUGGGGGAACAAUCCAUUUUUUAUUUUAGAUAAAAUUUACUAAAUCCAUGGAAAGACUAAAGCAGAGCACAACAGACCUUCCAUCAGCAGUUUGGCAUCCUUUUGGAACACAGGGAUGCAAAUAUUUGAGAAAGAAAUGGAUGUUAAUUUCUCUGUGUGCCCUAAGUUUUUUGUUUAUGUAUUGUUCUAAACUAUACAAAUGGACAUCAAUAUGGGAGCAAUCUGAGACCCCUCUCAAAGAAAUGACCGUAGAUGAAUUAAUAUUCUCAUUAUCAUGGGCUUCCUCACCCUCCAACUUCACCUCUUUCAACAGCUCUUCCAGUGCUCAGCAUAGUGUGGUCAGGCUAGAGCAGCCUAGGCCUCAGUACUGUGUUGGUGAUACAUUGAAUGUGCUCGUGGAGAUUAGGGACUAUGCAGGGCACCCAAAAGCAUAUGGCGGGGACUUCAUCCUGGCCCGGAUCCACUCUCCAAAGCUCCAGGCAUGUGCAUCAGGAGAUGUCAUUGACCUCCUCAAUGGCUCCUAUCGUGUGCAUUUCCACUUGUUUUGGCCUGGAGAGGUGCAAGUCUCAGUGCUUCUGAUCCACUCCUCUGAGGCAGUUAAGGUACUCCAGAAAGACUGGAUGAAGAAUUACAAUAAGUCCAUGCACAUGGGAACCUUUAGAAAUGGAAAAAAAGAGGAGAAGUCUCAGUGUGCCCUCCGGCUGAGCUCAGACAGACCCCUGUGUCAGUACAGGAAGAAGGAGGAUGGCGAAUAUUACGCCUGCUACAAGCCCCAUACCCUUCCCUGCGACUCUCUGUCCAUCAUGCAGUCCUACACCCACCCAGGUCCUAAUCUGACAAAGGAGGAAGUUCACCUAUUAGCCCAGGAAAAUACUGGAAUAGAAAUACCAAACAGCUUCAACCCUCUGACAGUCGCUGGUUGUUCUGGUGCAGAGCACAGACCUACUGAAAAGUGUGUGGCAGGAAUGAACUCCCCUUUUCCUGGGGGAUAUUUCUAUUUAAAUAGGUGGUCCUCUUCCUCCUGUCAUGCAGACCCCUUCCUCAGUGAAGAUGCCAUUACCAGUUGUUUAAAGGGAAAGAUUCUCUACCUAUUGGGUGACUCCACUGCACGCCAGUGGAUAGAAUAUUUGGUUAUAAAGCUGAAAGGUCUGAGAAUUGUGCAAGGGAGUCGUUUUCAUUCAUAUUUGGCUGUUGAUGCCCGUAACAACAUCACUGUCCGAUGGAUUAAGCAUGCUCAUCCCUGGCUUAGCUAUUUCGAAUCCAACAUAAAGACAUCAGUCACCGUUCCUGAGGUACUGGACAGUAUAGAAGCUGGUCGUGGGCAGAAGGAUGUGAGCGUGGUCAUUGGAAUCGGCCAGCAUUUCCGGCCCUACCCCCCAGAAGUCUUUAUCCGAAGGCUACAAAGCAUCCGCCGGGCGAUUCUGCGGUUACACGCCCGCAUCCCCCAGGCCGUUGUUGUUAUAAAGCUGGAGAACACCAUUGAACUGAAGUCAGAGAUGAUAAGAGACAGUAACUGGUAUGGCUACAUACAGAACCUGGCUCAGAGGAAAGUGUUUGAGCGCCUGAAAGUGGCUCUGGUAGAUGCCUGGGACAUGACUGUGGCUGCCAACACUUUAGCGGUCCACCCUAAUCAAGUUAUUAUUUCUAAUCAGGUGGCUCUGUCCCUGUCGUACUCCUGUCAUUAGGCAUGGGUACUGUCCGAAAGGUUACUCUGUAAUUAUAUGUAUUUGGAUACUUUUUUUACGAACUGCAUUUGGAGAUACUGUAUGUUGAUAGCAUAAGUGGCGUAAGAGUUAUUAUUUUGAUUUCAGGA